AUGGCCGCCAAUCACGACUUGGGCCGCUACAUCCCACAAAUAGGUUCGUUUGCGGUCCUCACCGUUGACCCUGUAGCCUGCGUGGACUAUCUCGAGGACCCGGAGGCGACUGCUGCAUGUGCCCUGCUCACGAGCAAGGGCUAUGUGGUAUACGUACCAGGUACCGGUGAUCCGGAGCGAUUACGCUUCUCUCCCUCUCUAUUCUCGCAGCCUCUACUAUGGCACGCGACGGGCGACUCCCAAAGACGCGCUCUUCCGCUCGGCACGCGCAGGCCCGAACUCGCGGGGCUGGUCACUAUCAAGAACCAAGCAAUGCGCCAAUCAGCCCUUCAAUCUCACCUUCAGGCGCUUCUUGCUGGCGAUGUACCUGCGGCCGAGAGUUCAACAGCCAACCAUGGUGAUGGAGAAGCGAUGGAUUGGGAGGAUGAAGAGGAAGAUGAGAGGGUUGCUGAUUCGGAGGAGGCUCCAGCUUUGGCACCAUCGACACCGAUUCAAGUUGCCCUUCCCACGAGAAUCUCCAACGCAAGGCAAAGCUCUAAGGCCAGUGUCGCAGACGCUUGGAACACCCUUCUACCAGAACUCGAAGCUCCCUGGGCUGCUUUCCACACGGCAACCUAUGCUGCGCCACCUACCCAUAUUGCCGCCUCCAUCCACCACUCUUUGCGAAGCGGGAUGCACAUCCUCCAUUCGCUCCACUGUGCAAUGCCUUUAUCCCACUCACAUGCAGACUGUUUUGAUAGCGACUUGCAGCUGCAAAUCUCUCUGUGCGAUCCUCGUCGAAAACGGGGUCUUCCCUGCAUCUCCUCGGCGACCCCGCAUAGGCGUAUCCAUCGACCUUCUCGAGCUUUACCGGGCAGACUGUUUAUCUGCGUCGCGGAUACCAUGUUCUCUCUGAACAGAAAUCCGGUGCUCUCUCCACCGACCCCUUCCGACAGAGCCUCACUCAAGCGGUUUUAUGGUCCAGCAACCUCCGAGAUCGCCUUCAAUCGCAUGUUAAUGCACUAUUAA